AUGACGAGGGUCGAUGAUGAACGAGAACGACUUCAACAACCACCGAGAGCCAUGGUUGUUGGUUUUCCGCCUUUUUAUUGUGCUGCUCAGCCAAGAUCAGGCAAAGUGUGGGCUGCCAACGCUGAUUCCGAGUUCCAAAUCAUAAGCAGCCUAAUUGACAAAUAUCGAUUUGUCUCCAUUGACACUGAAUUCCCAAUAGUCAUCCUGUCCCGCAACAAGAACUACCGGAGUCUUGUUCCAGAGGAAACUUACCAAGUCAUGAAGGCCAAUGUUGACGCCCUCAAAAUCAUCCAGCUUGCACUCACUCUCUCCGAUGAACACGGCAACCUCCCUGACCUAGGAACCAACAACAGAACUCACUACAUCUGGCAGUUCAAUUUCCGAGACUUCAAUCUCAUGCGUGACAUCCACGCAAAGGACUCAGUGGCUGGAGUUUCUUCGGUGCAUUUUGCGAAGUUGGCAGCAGCAUCUGGGCUGCUGUUCAACAAAGCACUGACAUGGGUCACUUUCCAUGGUGCUUAUGAUAUUGGAUAUUUGGUGAAGAUUCUGACUUGGGGUGUUCUUCCGAAAAGCUUGGAGGAGUUCUUGGUGCUUGUAAAAGAGCUGUUUGGGGGAAAUGCUUAUGAUGUGAAGCAUGUGAUGAGGUUCUGCAAUGGCCUCUAUGGCGGUUUGGAGAAGGUGGUUGACACACUUCACGUGGAUCGAGUUGCUGGGAAGUGCCAUCAGGCCGGGUCUGACAGCUUGCUCACCUGCCACACCUUUCACAAGAUUAGAGAAACUUAUUUUUUGGCUGAUGAGGAUGGGUUUAGAGAGUAUGUUAAUGUAUUUUUUGGGUUAGAAAUUGCAAAAGCUUAAUACUCUUAAGUUGAAAGAAAUGAUCAUACAUUAGAUUAUUCAUGUAACAACAUU